AUGGCAGAAUCGUCAGGGUGGAACAAUCGAUCCGCCGCAUCACAACGAAGCGGUUUUAUGUCUUCUAUGGCGCAUGCUCGAGCCUACGAUCAUGGGGCAACAUUACCGGUGCACUCGAAUUCGGAAUACUCACAUAUGGGAUUCUACAGUAGACGAAUGCAAAACGGAGAAACGUUUAGCGGAGGGCAUUCUCGAUCAAGAUCCAUGCAGGCAGUGAACACUCCAGAGAGUGCUAAUGGAGCAGCAUUGGUGAUCGAUAUCCACCGUCAAUACGGACGUAUCUUAUCACCGACUAACGUUCGACGACCAAAUCUUCAUAUCUUUUUCUCGUUACAAACGUUGAAUGGUACUGAACCGUUGAGUGCGAUUACUGAUGAUCUCAGCGAACUGUUUGAAGUUGGUGAUCAG